CGCGCCGCCCCGCCCCCCCCCGGUGUGCGCCUGGCGGCGGCGCGUGGCAGCGGCUCCCGCGCGCGGCUCCGAGUUGGCGCGGCCCGGCCAUGACGGACUUCAAGCUGGGCAUCGUGCGGCUCGGCCGCGUGGCCGGGAAGACCAAGUACACGCUGAUCGACGAGCAGGACAUCCCGCUGGUGGAGAGCUUCUCCUUCGAGGCUCGCAUGGAGGUGGAUGCUGAUGGAAAUGGUGCUAAAAUAUUUGCUUACGCUUUUGACAAAAACCGUGGAAGGGGAUCCGGCCGCCUGCUGCACGAGCUGCUCUGGGAGAGGCACCGCGGGGGGAUCGCUCCGGGAUUUCAGGUGGUGCAUCUGAAUUCAGUCACUGUGGACAACCGGCUCGACAAUCUGCGCCUCGUCCCGUGGGGGUGGAAACCCAAAGCUGAGGAUCUCUCCAGUAAACAAAGGGAACAAAGUCUGUAUUGGCUGGCAAUCCAACAGCUCCCUACAGACCCUAUAGAAGAGCAGUUUCCUGUCCUGAAUGUAACACGAUACUACAACGCUAACGGGGAUGUUGUGGAGGAGGAGGAGAACUCAUGCACAUACUAUGAAUGUCACUACCCCCCAUGCACAAUGAUUGAAAAGCAGCUACGUGAAUUCAACAUCUGCGGCCGCUGCCAGGUGGCCAGGUACUGCGGGUCGCAGUGCCAGCAGAAGGACUGGCCUGCCCACAAGAAGCACUGUCGGGAGAAGAAGCGAACCUUCCAGCAGGAGCUCGGACCCGAGCGAUGACCGGGCGGCCCAGGCCUCUCAGCAGCAGGAUUCCUUCUCAAAGGCAUUGGACACUUGCUUUUGCACAGUAAUGACAGACUGCUUAUUGAAGCCAGAGGCACUGAAGAAGAAAAACCCUGUGAUGCUUGAGCAGAACAGCUGACUGGAUGAAGCCGGCUCUGACUGGUGCUGUGGAAAGGGAUCGGGUCUACCCUUCCAGUAUUAUAUUCUCAAGCAAAAAGACUACUGUGGAGGCUCCAGGCAGGAAGCUUCUCAUUAUUUAUAUGUUAAUACGUUUGUAAACUCAUGUACAGUUUUUGUUAGAAAUUCUUGAUAGGACUCAUUACCUGUAAUGUGCAGAUGAGAACACAUUGUUGGCCUCAAAGUUUAAAAAGAAAAGUCAUGUAGCAAAAGCUUUUCCUCCCAUGUGGCUAUAGAAGUGUCUGGCUGUGCCAAGGCCAGGAGGCUCUGACAUCAGCACUUGCUCUGGAGAACUCUGCAUGGAAGUUAUAUUUAAAAAGCAUAAAAAAAAAAAGGCAAACACAGUAAAGGUUGGAAUGAA